AUGUUUUUGCUGAGGACCAUUAUAUCCACCAUUGCUGUCAUCAUCGCCAGUAAUUUUGAACUUUCCUUCUGUGGAUGUGCCCGUGCUGAAUAUGAAAUAGAUGGAAAAUGUUGCCCCAUCUGUGCUCCUGGGUACCAUGUUUAUUGGCAUUGUACUGCUGACACCAGUACAACAUGUUUUCCUUGUCCUCAAUCAACUUACACAGAUGAACCCAAUAGACUCACAGAAUGUUUUUCCUGCACUGUGUGUGAUACAGUCCAACACUUAAAAGAUAAAAAGGACUGUACACGCUCUGCAGAUACAAUUUGUGAGCCUCAGGAAGGAUUUCAUUGCAUUAAACUAAAUAAAGCAUCCUGUGCAUUAGCAGUGGAACACACCGAAUGUAAACCUGGACAAUAUAUCAAACAGACAGGAACAGCAUUUACUGAUACAGUAUGUGCAGGCUGCACAGAUGGAACUUAUUCAAAUGGCUCUCUGACGGCCUGCUUACCACAUUCAAAAUGUGAGACUAUGGGACUUACAGAAAUGAAACCAGGAACAUCGUCCUCUGAUGCUGAAUGUGAGAAAGUGACUUCGGUUGGUCUUAUAGUUGGAGUCACUAUAGUUCUUGUAGCUGUUGUCACUGUGGCUAUUAUAUCAGCAUACAUCAUAUACAGAAAACAUAAAGCAAGUCGUUCUAAGAAAUCAGGUGAAUGUCGCACCCCACGAGAAGCAACUGAGGAUGAUGAAACAGUAAGUGAAUAUCUGAACAGUUCUUUAUUAACACAGUCAAACAUUUCAAAUAUGAUUGUAAUAGGAAGCACCUUACUAUAAUAUUGAUGUAGUCUUCAAUCUAAA